UUUUUUUACCAGUUCCCAUCUGUCUCCACCUACGGGCUCCGCCUUUCAGCCGCGGCGCCGGCGUUCCGAUCCACCUUUCUCCGCCAUGGAAGAGGUAUGCGAGGGCAAGGAAUUCUCGUUCCCCAACCAAGAGGAGCGCAUCUUGCUCUUGUGGUCCGAUAUCCGGGCCUUUGAGAAUCAGCUCAAGCGCACGGAGUCUAAGCCUGAGUAUAUCUUCUACGAUGGCCCUCCCUUCGCCACGGGGAAGCCUCACUACGGCCACAUCCUCGCAGGCACCAUCAAGGAUGUCGUCACUAGAUAUCAGUCCAUGUGCGGCUGGCAUGUCACCCGCCGCUUCGGAUGGGAUUGCCAUGGCCUUCCUGUUGAGUUUGAAAUUGAUACCAAGCUUGGCAUCCGAUCUCGGGAUGAUGUCUUUGCAAUGGGUAUUGCCGCCUACAAUGAGGAGUGCCGUGGCAUAGUCACUCGCUAUGUUGCUGAAUGGGAGGAGGUCAUCACCCGCACUGGGCGCUGGAUCGAUUUCAAGAACGAUUACAAGACCAUGGAUCCCCAAUUCAUGGAAUCGGUGUGGUGGGUUUUUGCCCAGCUUUUCAAGAAAGGGCUUGUUUACCGAGGAUUUAAGGUCAUGCCGUAUAGCACUGGUUGCAAGACCCCGCUCUCCAACUUCGAGGCGGGUUUGAAUUACAAGGAUGUGCCAGACCCAGCAAUUGUGGUUGCUUUUCCUUUGAAGGAUGAUCCACAGAAUGCAGCGCUUGUAGCGUGGACAACUACGCCGUGGACGCUCCCAAGCAAUCUUGCUCUGUGUGUUAAUGCUAAUUUUGUCUACGCCAAGGUUAAGGACAAGUCUAGUGGGGUGAUUUACAUUGUAGCAGAAUCUAGGUUGUCCUCCUUGCCUAGCAGGAAAACAAAGCCCUCUGCUGGAAAUUCUGCUGCACAAGAAAGUUCUAAGAGCAAGGGAGCAGCCAAUGGUAAAUUUGAAAAUAAGGGAACAGUUGAUGGUAAAGUCAAGAGUGGCUUGGAUACUGAAACAUAUGAAUUAUUGGAAAAGAUAACAGGGGCUUCCCUGGUUGGCAAGAAAUAUGUGCCACUAUUUGACUAUUUUGCAGAGUUCAGUAACGCAUUUAGGGUGGCCGCGGACAAUUAUGUCACGGAUGAUAGUGGAACUGGUAUAGUUCAUUGUGCUCCAGCAUUUGGUGAGGAUGAUUACCGAGUUUGCGUUGAAGCUGGUAUUAUUCAAAAGGAUGAGGACCUUGUUGUAGCAGUUGAUGCUGAUGGGUGUUUUACUGAGAAAAUUUCGGAUUUUCAUGGUCGCUACGUGAAGGAUGCUGACAAGGAUAUUAUAAAUGCUGUAAAGGCAAAGGGAAGACUUGUGAGCACUGGAAGCAUGGUGCACUCCUAUCCUUUUUGCUGGAGAUCGGACACUCCUCUUCUCUAUAGGGCUGUUCCUAGCUGGUUUGUGUCUGUUGAGAAGAUUAAAGAUCAAUUGCUAGAGAGCAAUAAACAAACAUACUGGGUGCCUGACUAUGUUAAGGAAAAACGUUUUCAUAAUUGGCUUGAGAAUGCUAGAGAUUGGGCUGUUAGCCGAAGUAGAUUUUGGGGGACUCCUCUACCAGUAUGGGUUAGUGAGGACGGUGAGGAAAAAGUCGUUAUUGAUUCAAUUGAUGAACUUGAAAGACGUUCGGGCAUUAAGGCUACUGAUCUACAUCGCCAUUUCAUUGAUCAUAUCACCAUUCCUUCUAGCCGUGGUCCUAAACAUGGUGUUCUACGCCGUGUUGAUGAUGUGUUUGACUGCUGGUUUGAGAGUGGGUCUAUGCCAUAUGCUUAUAUUCAUUAUCCAUUUGAGAAUGUUGAACUCUUUGAAAAGAAUUUUCCUGGUCAUUUUGUGGCUGAAGGCCUUGACCAAACUCGUGGGUGGUUUUAUACUCUCAUGGUACUUUCUACUGCUUUAUUUGGAAAACCAGCAUUUAGAAAUCUCAUCUGCAAUGGCCUUGUUCUGGCAGAGGAUGGAAAGAAGAUGAGCAAGAGGUUAAAGAACUACCCUUCGCCCAUGGAAGUAAUUGGUGAUUAUGGAGCUGACGCAUUACGACUAUACCUUAUCAAUUCACCUGUUGUCCGUGCUGAGCCAUUGAGGUUUAAGAAGGAUGGCGUGUACAGUGUUGUCAAAGAUGUCUUCCUUCCGUGGUAUAAUGCUUACAGGUUCCUUGUUCAAAAUGCUAAGAGGCUGGAGGUUGAAGGUUUUGCACCAUUUGUGCCCAUUGAUCUUGCAACUCUCCAGACAUCUUCAAAUGUGCUUGACCAGUGGAUCAAUUCUGCUACUGAAAGCCUUGUUCAAUUUGUUCGACAAGAAAUGGAUGCUUACCGUUUGUAUACGGUUGUGCCAUAUCUUCUGAAAUUUAUUGACAAUCUGACAAAUAUAUAUGUAAGAUUUAAUCGGAAGAGGCUGAAGGGCCGUACUGGAGAAGAUGACUGCAGAAUCUCAUUGUCAACACUAUACCAUGUGCUUUUAACUACUUGUAAGGCAAUGGCUCCAUUUACGCCUUUCUUCACUGAGGGUCUGUAUCAAAACUUGCGCAAAGUUUUGGAUGGUGCUGAAGAAAGUAUUCAUUACUGUUCUUUUCCUUCAUCGAAAGGAAAGAGGGAGGAGCGCAUUGAACAAAGUGUGACAAGGAUGAUGACCGUCAUCGAUCUUGCUCGUGCCAUCAGAGAGCGUCAUAACAAACCUCUCAAAGCACCAUUAAAGGAGAUGGUUGUUGUGCAUCCUGAUGCAGAUUUUCUUGAGGACAUCACAGGCAAAUUACGAGAGUAUGUGAUGGAGGAACUGAAUGUCAAAGCUAUCAUUCCAUGCAAUGAUCCUUUGAAAUAUGCUUCUUUACGUGCUGAGCCUGAUUUCAGUGUAUUAGGUAAGAGACUGGGAAAAUCCAUGGGAACUGUUGCCAAGGAGAUCAAGGCAAUGUCACUGCCUGACAUCCUAGCAUUUGAGAAAUCUGGUGAAGUCACAAUUUCUGGGCACUGUUUGAAGCUGAAUGAUAUCAAGGUUGUAAGACAGUUCAAGUGUCCAGACAAUGUAACCGAUAAGGAGAUUGAUGCUGCUGGUGAUGGCGAUGUUCUGGUGGUAUUGGACCUGCGGGCAGAUGAAUCAUUGUUUGAGGCAGGACUUGCUCGUGAGGUUGUUAAUAGAAUUCAGAAAUUGCGCAAGAAAGCUGGCCUAGAACCAACUGAUAUUGUGGAAGUUUACUAUGAACCGCUUGAUGAUGGAAAGCAGAUUUUGGAGAAUAUUGUUAGUUCACAAGAACAAUACAUCCGAGAAUCCCUGGGUUCUUCCUUGCUACAUCAUACUUUGUGUCCUCCCCAAGCUGUGGUAUUCUAUAAGGAGGAAUAUAGAGGUGUAUCUGGUGUUUCAUUCAUCAUCAGCUUAGCAAGGCCUGCACUUAUCUUCAAAUCAGAAGCUAUUCUCAGAUUAUUUUCAGGAAACAAAAUGUAUGCUGAAGCCUUGCAAACAUAUCUGUUAUCCAGAGACUUGUCAAAUUUGAAGUCGGAGUUUCAAGCUGAGAAGGGCAAGAAAAAGGUUGGAUGCCUCGAGCAUCUGCCCGAGGUUGAAGUUGAGUUAGGAAAACAUCUUUUCGUAAGUGUCGGGGAUUACUACUUGAGCAGAACAGAAUAGAUUCAUCAUGCAUACAUCCGCAAUUUUUUCGUCUCUCCAAAUCUUAUUGACCAGGCCACAGCCCAUAUUGUUCAUAUUUCUUUUAAAGGCAAAAGCUUUAUUAUUAUUAUUAUUAUUAUUAUUAUUAUUAUUAUUAUUAUUAUUAUUUUAAAAAAACUGCUUUGGCAAACUCUUAGAGGAAAACUUAUGUUGUUUUGAUCGGUAAGAGUGAUUUUUAUCUAUGAGGAUGGCAGAUAAUAGGCCUAUCAUUUUCAAAA